AUGCGUUCAAAGCUCUUUCUUUUCGUCUAUUUGGUAUGCUUCUGUAUCAAAUUUGCACUGGCGGACCGCCGGGCAGUUCUUCAGAGGCAGGAUAGACCUACAAAUCUACCACCGACAGACUUGACAGUCACCAUACCCUCAUCAAGCAAAGUAGCGCAGACACAAGGCGGCUCUGGGACCAACGAGGAAGGCGGCGCUGCUGCGGGGCGCUCCAGCUCAACUUUCGCGACCCGAAUUCAUACCACGGAUUCGAGCUCUGACGCGGCUAAAUCUACCCCCAUCGCAGGUUCCGAGGCAAUCUCGAAUAUCAAUGGCGCGGCUGCAACAUCAACCGUCAACCUAUCUACGUACAAUGCGACACUCACUCCCAACAAGCUGCCACUCACGCCUGUAGUGACCCCGGCUUACGGGAUUGGUGGAGUCAUCUUGGUGCUGAGCGGGCUCCCCUACACUCUGGUGGGGAUCAAGAAUAAGAUUUUGCACAUCUCGCUCUCGGCAGCGUAUCUUGCGAGCUUGUCGGUGACAGUCCUCAUCCUGUACGUUAUGAGCCUGUCCGUCAGCGAUGCCAUCCAGGGAGCAUAUCUGGUUGCCGUUGUCAUGACAGGGGUCGUCCUCGGUGGGGUAUCAGUCAUGUUCGCUGAGAUGACCGAGGGGCUGGGCUGUCUUCUUGGGGGGUUUUGCUUCAGCAUGUGGCUGCUUGUCUUGAAGCCAGGUGGACUCCUCACGGAGACCAGCAGCAAGUCGAUCUUCAUCGCAGUUUUCACUCUGACUGCAUUCGCUGCCGUAUUCAGCCACUAUACACGAGAUUGUGGUCUGAUCCUCGGUAUCUCCUUUGCCGGAGCUACGGCAGUGGUCCUGGGUAUCGAUUGCUUCAGCCGAGCAGGGCUGAAAGAGUUUUGGGCAUACCUCUGGAACCUGAACCCCAGCCUGUUUCCCGUUGGAGCUACUUCCUACCCCAUCGGCAGGGGAUUGAAGGUCGAAAUUGCAGCCAUCAUGGUUCUCUUUCUAGCCGGUGUAGUUUCGCAGAUGAGGCUUUGGGAGGUGAUCAGGGAGCACCGAGAACGGCGAAUCUUGGACCGCCUGAACGACGAGCAAAACAAGGGCCAAGAAGAGAAAAGAGUUAGCACGGCAGCCGUGUACGCGACGGCAGGAAAUGGAGAUCAAUGGGAAGCCGUGUACGGCAAUAAAGAAGCGUCCAGGUUGACUCGACCGACAAGGUCGAAUCCGGAUUCCGGAGUGGGCGACAUGAAGAGCAAGAAGGAAGCUAGAAGCGAUGUCACUUCAUUGAGACGAUCCGACGAUGAAAUCAAAAUGACCGAGGUUCCUUCGCCUACUUUCCAAUCCAGCGCUGGGCUCAUCACGCCAAAUAAAGUAAUCACGGUCCGCGUCGCGUGUGAUUUUGAGCCGGCCCAAGUUAUGCAUGGAGAUGGAACGCCUGUCAAGAUGGAUGACGAAAGCCGAUUCUUGCUUCGGGAUAAAUUCGCAUCAAGUCAAAAGGAAGACAAAACUCGGGUGGUGAUUGCUGAUAGCGAAGCCGUACUGGGAAGACGAACUUCGCAACGAGAACCGAAGCGAGUUUCAGCAGGGCCGGACGUGGUCCCUCUCCCAUUCCGGGUCCCCGACAACGAUGCUGCGAGCGAUCGCUCUUCAGUUGCUACAUUUGCAGACGACGACGAGGCUACUGCUAAGAGAAGAUCCAAAAAUCUCUCUGUGGGAUCAAUACUGAUGCAAAAGCUGACGCGGGGGUCUGUGCAGUCACUCCGUAGUUCCAGAAACUCUAUGGACGGCGCUGCAGUCAGUACAGAUAACUUGCUCGUGUCAAGGGAGGUCGAGGAUGACCGAGCAAGCUCCAUUGCCGCAACCGUGGAUGGGCUUAGUGACGACGAGGAUAUGAGAAGUAGCAGAUCGUCGCUGGACAACCCACCAAAUACUACGGACACAGCUCGACUCGACCAGGCAUCUACCCCAGACCUCGCGGCAGCGAUUGAACCGUCAAAAGGCACCGAGGAGCCGGAUUCUGCAAAGAGUGGCGAGGUGACUAGGCCGAUAUCCACAGCCACAACAGGGACUGAGACUCUGGAUCCGUCAAAGGAGAAAGAAGACAUCGUUGCGCCUGCCACUCCGCGGUCGUUAACUUCAAGUACUGAUCCAAAACUCGAGACUGCAUCUUCCAAGGAUGAAUCGAGCGAGGUCGGGAGAGACUUGGUCGAGCCUUCGGCCAUCCCUGCCGCUGAUUCGAAGAUGGCGAGCAUCACGAAAGAGCGCUUACCACCACAGGUUUCCAAAGUAGUGAUGUCCUACCGGACCAACGAAUGGGCCAAACAUCUCAGUGGAGCGGAUGCUCCGGAACUUGGCGAGUUGAAGUUGGCCGAGUAUCCCGCUGACAACGACACUGGAGCAGAGACCGCUGUACCAGUCAAUGUGGAAGAGCUGCAGCAAACUGCCGAGAUAUCCUUGUCUCGCCCAGUAUCACGAACUGCAUCCCAAACGUUGGGUCAUGGGCAAACCUUGACCAGACAAAACUCAUCUACGUCGAAAAUGAUGCCUGGUGGACCUUCCAGAACUGACACAUCAAGCACAUAUCAACCUCAUGACAACGGCCUCGUCAGCAGCGCCUCUCGGCUUUCCAUGAACUCAAAUGUCGCACCCCGAGGAUCCCGUUCAUCCACUGGCCUCCUCAACUCUCAACAGAUCGCAGAAUCCCAAAUCGCAGAGAACUUCCCUUCGUCCGCCCCCAAAUCCAGCAAGCCCCCAAGCGCCCACGCCGCGUUUGGGGAAUCAACCCUUCUCGGAAAACGCGAAUCCAUGCUCCGAAGCAGACCCUCCUACUCCAGCACCCACUCCAACGCACCCACCCCCCUUGCACCCCAGCCGUUAUCCUCACACCCCGGCGGUAGCAGUAACAGCAGCAACAACGACGCCGGCUCCAUCAACAGCUCCCCUUACACCCCGCCCGCCAUCUACGACGACGACGACAACAUGACGCUCUCCACCCGCCGCCGCGAACUCCUCCGCCGCUCCUCCCUCAUCCAACAACUCAACUCUCCCAACCCAUCAAUCUCGCAGCAGAGCCUCGUCUACGAUUCCCACCAGCCUCAACGCCAGCUCUCAGCCGUCGCCGCCGACACGGCCGCGCGCGCGCAUCAGCUCGCGUUGUGGAGGGCCAGCGUGCAGCAGGAUCUCCAGGCCAGCGUCCAGCCGAGGGCGACGCUCGAGCGCUCCCGAAGCACGCUGUGGCGGGAACGGCAGGCGGAGGAGCUGAAGCGGGCCGAGCUGGAGAAGAAGCGGGAGCGGAGGGAUAGCAUAUUCGAUGAGAGGAUGCGGAGGGGUGAUAUGCUCGAUGCGCACCGCGAGGCGCUGCGGAAGAUGCAGGCUAGUGCUAACAAGCAUAUCUAA